CGUUGGCCUCGUUCUCGUUUCUGCUUUUAGCUUCCUCCGCUUAUUCAGCGGUCGGUUCGCAUUCUUCUUCGACACCAUCCUCCGACCCAUCCUCGGAGAGCCUCAUGUUCCGCGUUUACGAAUCUUUCGGUCGUGGACUUUCUCGCGAAAAGACCGCGAGUUUGACACAUUAGCCUCGUUUUGCCUCAUAUCUUGGCUUUUCAGCCGGAAGCUUACACCAUAUCGUCGUUCACUGUUAUUUUUUCCAAUCUUCCGGCCGUUUGGUUCAGUUGUGGAACUGAGCCCAACGUCCAAGUUGGCAGACUCGAUUUCGGCGAAUUAACCCACCUCCUUCUUCCUCCAAUCUAGUCUUACUUGCAUGUCAGAGCUGAAUAAGUAAUCAUGAUGCAGAAACGGGCCUGUGAUGCCUGUCAUAAGAGAAAGAUCCAAUGCGAUUCAACAAGCCCAGAUACACCCUGCAACUGGUGUGAGCACCAUGGCUUGGAUUGUACAUUUAACCGGGUGAGAGGGCGGAAAAAAACAGCCAAGGCUAGAUCUCGUCAAACAUCAGAGCAAAGUCUGGCGGAGCGCCUCAAGCGCAUUGAGGAUGCUCUUUCUCAGACACUUUCUAAUCAGAAGAACUCCGAAAGCAGUGCAACCAAACCAUUGACUCCAAGUUCACUAGUCUCUGAUCCCCACAAGAGUUCAGACCCUGGUGCUGGAGACUCAACCAACGAUGCCCCUCAAAAGUUGUCAUUCAACCGGCCAUCUUCUUCCUUUUUGAGAGCUACAGAUUCGAGAUCUGCAAGCGUAUCCCAAGGAUCUCCGUUUAUAUCUCAAGCCCCAUCUCCUGCUGGCGGCUUCACCAGCUCUGUUUCCUAUGGACAACUCCAUUAUGGUGGCUGCCACUUUGGCCACAUCAGUCAGCAUAACGGACUACCUCUGCUUUCAGAAGAGGGAAGACAAUGGAUAAUUUCAAAGACUGGUCACGAAGUUAUUCUUAAUCCGGGCGCCACAGACCACUCCAACCCUUCCAAAUCGCCUGCACCUCACGUUUACCAUGACCAACGCGACUUGUACGAACUUCCUGAAAGAAGUACCACAGAGAAAGCUUUCGAUGCGUUUAUCCAUUCCUCUUUCAGUUUGGUGUUUCCCGUCGUGGAACGGGUUCUGUUCAAGGAUACCAUCGAAUUAGCGUAUCAGCCUUACACAGGUGAUGUCCCUUCUUUGGAGCAUCUCAGUGCCAAGGUUGGUGUUUUGGCUUUUCUUUCAACGAUAGUACUCUUCCAAGACACAUUUGCAGAUACAGCAAGUAUCGACCCAGACUUAUGUGCCACAAAGGCACGUUAUCUACUCACAGACGUCCUGGAAAUAGCUAGUAUCAACAACCUUCAAAUAGUCUUCAUGCUGAACAUGCAUGAGAUAUUCUCUGGACGCCUUCGAUCCGGUGCCAUGUUCCAUGCCAUUGCUUGCCGCAUGGUUUUCACCCUUGGCGGCCAUACGUACAUAUCAAGUAAACCACGAAGCUCGCAAGUUACACGCUCAGAGAGGGAACGGCGCCAAAUUCGCAUGCUAUUCUGGCUAUGCUAUAUCUUCGAUAAAGAUAUUGCUCUACGGACAGGUCAACCGCCACUCAUGUCCGACGACUAUUGCGAUCUCACCCUUCCAGAGACCUAUUUCGAAUGCUAUGAAUACCUUCCCAAACUCAACGAAAGCCUCCCCCAAGUUUCCUUCGAAGAAGAGAGUCUCAUGCCUCACCUUCCGGGCGACCCUCGCCUGAGCCAACUCAAAGACAAAACUAGUCGUCUGCUAUAUUCGGCUCAGGCCGCUAAGAAGUCUCAUGCCCAGCUACUUUGCGACAUCCGAGAGCUUGACGAAGAGCUCGAAGCCUGGAGGCAAUCCGUACCCCCUUCAUUCCGUCCUGCACUCUCAAUCACCGACGAGUCCCAAGUCGCUGUUCAAGGGAUGCAUCUUCCACGCAGUAUGAGACAUAUCAUUCUGCAUUUGGACUAUCAUCAUCUGAUGAUUGCAAUCCAUCGAGCAAGUGGCAGGUGCAUGGAACCUGAUCCCGGAAACCCUAACGACCAGCCGGAAUGGGUCCCCGGGGUUGAGUCGAGUAAUGCUCUUGCGCUGGAAGCUAGUCGUUCAACACUUGUGUACUUGCGCGCAGCGAUGUGUGGAGUCGCUGGUGAAGCAUUCUGGAUUAUUGUCUUCUAUCCCACAGCAGCCAUGAUCACUCUCUUCUUCAACAUCCUAAUGUAUCCGCUUCACGAACGAGCUGAGCAAGACCUUGAGCUUCUCAAAGCAGCCGCUGAUCUAAUCAACAAUCUUCCGCUCAAGAAAAUUUGGGAAUCGGAGUGGUAUGCGACAAUUCAAAAUCCUGUUACUUUUACUGGUGAACGACCUUAUAUCUGGUCAGACGCCCUCAUAUGCCUGCGGAGAUUGACACGCAAUGAUCCACGAAGGAACAUACAGAUACCCGUUUGGACAAUUCCAACUGUCGAAGAACUCCAUCCCAGGGUCUCAGCAAACCGACCUCGGGCCCAGAUACUCUAUGGAAGUUUAAAUAUCUGUCGAGAAGCUAAUCACAUGAGCGUGGGGAAGACAGAUACUCAGGUUCAAUACAAAAGCGAAUCAGCUAUGCCGUCAGCAACUCGUCAGGAUCAGCUCGUCUUAGUCCCUUGGGACCCCAACUCUCCAGAGCAUGUCAACCGAAUUUAUGAGCAACGAGUGCAAUGCGGUUGGGAUAAGCAUUUAGUUGAAGGAUGGAAGGAGAGACAAGUCUCGGGUCAGAAGUCCAUCUUUUGGAUCACACUGCGACCAGAUGACCCCGAAACUCGCGAAACACUUCAACUACACUUAGAUGCGUACCCAGAAGACAAGGCACCAUUGGUAGACACAGCUGAAAGCCUCAGAGCCAAACCCCGAAAACCGACCCAUACAAAGUUCUAUCCCGUGGGCCACAUCUCACUUGAUGACAGAAACGAGAAAACAGGAAACUUUGUCCUCGACCUGCCCAAAGAAGGCGUCUACUGGAUCAAGACCUUCUACGUCUCAAAAGCACUUCGAAGCAAAGGCAUCGGGCGAGCAGCCAUGGACAUCGUCGAGUCAAUGGCAACUGAGGAACCGCUAUGUGCCAAAACCCUCGCACUUGAUACCGCUGAGAAGGAGAUGCAGAAGAAGUUGUACCGAGAAAAAAACGGAAAGGAGCUGGGUUCAACUAACCAGGAUUGGUAUGAACGGCGAGGAUAUAGGCUAAUUCACAUGCAGCCUGGCCACUACUUGGACGACGAAGACCCUCCAGUCGAUGCUGUAUUUCUACGACGAGAUAUUGCAUAGUCAUUAGUUCUUCUUGCCCUGUUGGGAUGGUCUGGUCUGAGAUGGAUACCGUGGAGUUAAUAAUCAGGACAUCGUUGACUAUGAAUAGCGAUACAAAGUUAUACAACUUGAUAGAUAUAAUUCACUCCGACUGCAAGAAUCUUGAAACAAGAUAGGUUUACAUUAAAAUCACAACUAACACACUAAGACCCCAGCACAUCCUUACCCACCGCACU